AUGGCCGACAAGCUUCGUACUCUCCAGAACCUUGAGGCGCUGCAAGCGCGAUACAUUGGUACUGGCCACGCCGACACCACCAAGUACGAGUGGACCUCGAACAUUAUUCGCGACAGCUGCGCCUCCUACGUGGGCCACAACCCUCUGCUUUCUUACAUGUCCGUUGGAAUGGGAGAUUCUAAGGAGAAGGUUCGAACAAUGAUGCUAGAGAAAAUGGUUAGAGGUGCUGGGAAUCCUCCAGAGACGCAAGAGUGA